UUUCCUGUAAGGUGCAUACAUAUAUAUAUUUGAUUAAAGGGAGAUGAAUCUUCUCAAACCAGGGAGGUCAUUUGCAGAGGUUGUUAAAGGGAAUCAUGGGUUGGCAGUUAACAAAGGAAGUCAUCUACAGCAAGCUUCAUGUGCUAGAGAGUGCCAAAAUAAGCAACAGAAGACUAACUUGCCCAAAUCACAAACGCACGUAUGGAUCAUGAAAAAUAAUGUACAUGUAAGUGCUGGCCUGGAGUUUACUGUGAAAGAGGAGGACCUCCGAUGGCUGGAAGGGUGUUAUGUUGGAAGUGCACAUUCGGUUAACAUUAUCCCGACUCUGCAGCAAAAGUUCUUCAUGGAAGGAUAUUUUUCGUGUAAAGUAAGACCUAUGGGAGGACGUUUGGUCUUAUUUGAAGGGGGCGACAAAGAUGAGAUUAAGGACUUAGUUGAAACAACCCCGGAAUGGUUGGGGCAGUGGUUUCAGGAGGUAAAACCCUGGUCACCAUCAGCUGUUGCUAAAGAAAGGUUCGUGUGGAUUCGAUGCCAAGGCGUUCUGAUUCAUGCAUGGGGGCAUGAGUUCUUCUCAUCAAUUGGGGCUGUUUGGGGAAAGGUUAUUUCCUUAGAUGAUAGCACCAUUAAGAAGAACAGAUUUGACAUCGGGAGAUUUCUAAUCUCCACGCCCAUUAUGGAGUUCAUCUCUAAAUCCAUGAACAUCACAGUAAAUGGUAUGCCAUAUACAGUCAAAGUAAUGGAGGAAGAGGCAACCAACGGCAUCUUUUCCAUGAAGUCUGAUCAUGUGUUCAGAGAAUUAAGUGCUUCAGACGAUCAUAGCUCGGAAUCAUGGUCCCUCAAUAGCGAUGGUGAGGAUGUCUUUGCUGAUUUUGUUCAUGGCGGAGGAUGCUCUAGGGAUUAUGGGAGAAGUGUAGUUGGUAGGGCUGAUGAAGAUGACAUGGCUAAGGCUGAUGACGUGGGACUUGACCAUGGAAGAAGGCAAGAAGAGAGUUGGAUGGAGAGCUACAACGUGGAGACAACGGCUAGAAGAAAGAAAUUUGAAUUUGAAGAUGAUAUUGACAGAAGGAUGAGUGCUGAUGGUUCUAAUAUACAGGCUAAUGAGUAUGUUGAGUCAAGUAUUGGGAAAUCUCAAAAGUUUCCUAUCAGCAAGCUAGAAGAGACGGCUGAGGAAGGCGGCUAUGUGCCUGAAAGUCUGAGCAUGCAUUUAAUGCAGAAUCAGGGACAGAAUUCAAAUUGUGAAAAUGGUAUUUUGUUUGGGCCAAAUUAUCCGAACCAGUCCAAAGAGGAUAAGCGGGUUAAGGGCUGCGAGCUAGAUCCUCAAGCAGGUUUGAGAGAUGAUGAGGAUUGGGCCUCCUUUAUGGGGCCCAAUAAAGGCAAUAAAUCAUAUCAAGCUGAGGAUGAUGUGGAGAUAAGAGUAAUGGAGAAAGACAAACUCGAGGAGGAUGAGGUGAAUCGUAGAAGCAGGGAUAGCUUGAUACCCGAGGAUGAUGAGGUGAAUAGGAGAAGUAGGGGUAGCUUGAUUCCCGAGGAAGAUGAGGCGAAGCGGACAAGCAGGGGUAGCCUUGUGCAUGGGGAGGAUGAGGCAAUUCGGAGAUAUGGGGUUAGCUUAAUAAAUGAGGAGGAUGAGGUGAAUCGGAGAAGCAGGGGGAGCCUAAGACCCGAGGAGGAUGAGGCGAAUCGGACAAGUAGAGGCAGCUUGAUGCAUGCGGAAGGUGACGCGAAUCAGAGUUUCUGGGGUAGCGCGAUGAGCGAGAAGGAUGAGGGGAAUCAGAGAAGCAAGGGCAGCUUGGUGUCUGAGGAGGAUGAGGUGGACGACGUGAAUCUGAGAAGCAAGGGAAGCUUGAGCUGGUUAGAAGAUCUCAGUGCAGAAAAUUCCUUUUGGCAGGGAUUUGAAAGUGAAUCGGGGCAAUUAAAAGCUUGGAUGGGUAGAAAAGAGAGGAAACUCAAGAAACAGAAGAAGAAGAGAACAAGGACAUGUUCUUCUGUGUAUAAAAAUUCCAGAAAAGUGGUUCAGCCAAGGACAGAGAAGAUGCAAAGUAGACCGAAAAAUCACCGAGAUCUGGAGGAGAAGAUGUCGUUGUUCUGUCUAGGCUCACAAAAUCAGGUAGCGGGUGACUCAAUAGCAAAUAGUGGCAUUGAAAACAGAAACAAGUGCUUGCGGAUGGAGGGUAAAAUCAGCAAGGAAAUGCAGAUCUGGGGGUUUGCCAGAGAAAUUGGGGUUGUGGAUCGUGGAAAUGAGGGUGAAAUUCUGCAAAGGCUCGAGACCAUGGAGGUACGUGUGGGUGGUCAAGGGAAGAGAAAAGGCAUUAGAGAAUUAGUGGUUCGGGAAAAGGUGGAGUUCUUAUCAAUACAAGAAUCAAAAACAGUGGUGGAUCAUCAACUCUGUAGAGCUCUUUGGGGAUCGGAGGACUUUGAAUGGGUUGCUCAACCCUCAAAAGCUAGGACCCCUGUUUAUAUCAUUAACAUUUAUUCCCCUUGUGACCUUCCUAGUAAAAGAGCAUUAUGGGCUUCUCUCAAAAACCUUAUUACUGAAAUUGGUGGGAACUGGUGUCUAAUGGGGGAUUUCAAUGCAGUAAGAAAUGAACAGGAAAGGAAGGGUGGGAUGAGUAUAAAGAGAGAAAUGCCAGAGUUUGACGAUUUCAUUAAUGAAUAAGUAAACAAUAUGAAAGAUGGUGUGGCUAACUAUUUUGAGACACUGUUUAAAGAAGAUGUGUGGCAACGCCCAGUCUUAGAUGGGAUUGAAUUCAAGAAGAUUUCAGAUGAGGAGAGGGCGAUGUUGGAAGCACCAUUUAGUGAGGAGGAAGUCAGACAAGCUAUGUGGAGUUGUGAGAGUACGAAAGCACCAGGACCCGAUGGAUUCAACUUCAAAUUUGCCAAGGAGAUGUGGGGAUCACUUAAGGAAGAUGUAAUGGGAUAUGUAUCUGAUUUUCACAAGCAUGGCAAACUGGUUAGAGGGAUGAAUAGCUCCUUCAUUGUAUCAGUCCCUAAAGUCAAUAGCCCACAAAAAAUCGAAGAAUUCAGACCAAUCUCCCUAGUUGGUGUCAUGUACAAACUGAUUGCAAAAUUGUUAGCACGUAGGUUGUCUUCUGUCUUGAAUGGGAUUAUUGGGGAGAAUCAGAUGGCUUUUGUCGCUGACUUUGAAAAAGUUUAUGACAAAGUCUGCUGGGAAUUCUUGGAUUAUAUGAUGCUUAGAUUGGGGUUUGGUCAAAAAUGGAAAAACUGGAUUAAUGAAUGUUUGAAGACAGCAGAAGUCUCAGUACUACUAAAUGGCAGCACCACCAGGCAGUUUAAGAUGCAAAGAGGUCUCAGACAAGGUGACCCUCUCUCCCCUUUCUUGUUUUUGAUUGUGGCUGAAGGUCUUAAUGGCAUCAUCUCUGCAGCUGCGUCAUUGGGGUUGUUUAAUGGGAUUGAAAUUGGGCAGUGUGGCAUGAAUGUAACCCAUCUCCAGUUUGCGGAUGACACAAUUGUGUUUGGUAAUGCUUCGGAAGAAAAUAUUUGGGCUAUUAAAAGCAUUAUGAGGAUUUUUGAGAUGGUUUCUGGGCUUAAGAUUAACUUUGGAAAAAGUUUGCUUAUGGGCAUCAAUGUUUUGGAGGAAUGGAUGUCUAGGAUGUCCUGUAUUUUGAAUUGUAAACAGGGGAAAUUACCUUGCAAAUACCUAGGUAUGCCGAUUGGGGGUAAACGCAGAUGUAUUGCCAUGUGGAGACCCAUGAUUGAUUCCUUUAACAAGAAACUUGCCAGCUGGAAAAAUAGAUUUAUCUCUCUUGGUGGAAGGAUCAUGCUCCUUAACUCCGUGCUGUCUAGCCUCCCUGUGUUCACGAUGUCUAUCCACUUGCUGCCUAAAGGUUUGAUUCUUUUACUCGAUAGAAUACGUAGAAAUUUUCUUUGGGGGGGUGGAGCGAAUAAUAGGAAGAUCAAUUGGGUUUGUUGGGAAAAUGUGUGUAGAAGUAAAUUGGAUGGUGGGUUAGGUGUGAAGGAUCUUAGAAAGUUUAAUUUAGCGUUGUUAGGCAAGUGGUGGAGUAGACUGGCGGAGGGUGAGGAAGGUCUUCUGUAUAGGGUUAUUCGUGAGAAAUAUGGUUGUAGUGGAGGUAAUUGGUUGAAUUGGAUUGAAGAUGGCAACCAUAAGGGGUCCUUAUGGUGGAGGGAUGUCUAUCGAUUAGAUUAUUCGUGCACAAGUAGAGUUGGCUGGCUCGUAGAUGGCUUUAAACUAAAGCAGAACAAAGAGUAUUUCUCAAAUGGGAUUCUGGAGCAAUGGAAGCUGGAAUUGGUCAUUAGAAUGGAGGAGGCCUUUCUUCUCCUAGGAGGAACACUCGAUGGCGGAGCUAUGGAGGAUGUUGCAGUCUAUCCAACCAAUUAAGGGACAAAAGGAUCAAUGGGAGUGGAGGCAUGAUCAGGGGAUUUAUUCAGCUAAAUCGGGAUAUCAAGCUCUUUCCAGUAACCACCAACAGAGUAGGAUCAUCUUGCAUAAAAGAAUUUGGUGCAA